UUCUUCCUGUCGAAACACAACAGUUAUUCUACGCCAUUGGAUUCCUUCGUCCCCAAUCCAUCUCUUUCCCCUUCUCGGCGAUUCUUUUCUCGUCGAUCCUUUUCCCCCCCUUCCUCCCUCUUCUCCAUGGAGUUCACGGCGACUAGGGUUGGGCUUCUGCUCGAUCUCCCCAAACCCUAGCGAAGAGCGGCUGUGUCCUCCUUCCCCCGCCAUGGAGGGCUCGGCGGGCGACCCCGGAGCCCCGGACUCGUGGGAGAUGGCGGAUCUUGACGCUAGUAUGAGCCGGCUGCUGCUCUCCUCCAAGAACGGCUCCGCCUUGUCGCCAUCGCUGGAGGCCGAGGAGGAGGAGGAGGAGGAGGCGGCGGCGGCUUUGGAUACGACUCGGGCUUCGCUGGCCUCCGUCGAUGGUGCCGAAGGCGUCCCGAUGGAUGCCGUCGGCCAGGUGGACCAGUUCCUCCGGGAGGCUUUGGAGAAGCCGCGAGAGCGGUUGGCGAGUAAUUUUCCGUAUCUCGCUGUUUUGAGGAUGGAGCAAGACAUCGUGAAGUUCAUUUGUGAUCCUACUCAACAGCAACUAGAAUUUCAGGCCAUUCCAAAUUCCUACCUAAGAUUAGCAGCACACCGCAUUGCACAGCAUUAUUACCUCCAGUCAGUUGCCAUACAAGAUAAUAGUAUGCCAGAUGGAUCUGGUUCUCGGAUUUUGAUGCAGAAAACUUCAUUUAGUUGUCGAAGACCUCCAGUUCGUCUUGCAGAUAUUCCUGUCAAUUUUCCGCAAGAAGAUAAUAAUGCCAUCCCGAAGGUUGCAAUCAAGCAAAGGCCUCAGAAGCACUCACAAAUUAUGAGCAAUGCAAAUACUCAGUCCUAUAAGACUAAUCGUCAAAAAAGCGUUGAAGAAAGAAAAGAAGAGUAUAACAGGGCACGUGCACGCAUAUUCAACAGCAAUGAUAUGAGUAGCACAAUUUCAUAUUCAAAGGAUGAAGUAAAAUUGCCAGAUAUACUACAAGACUGCUCUAUUUCUGCGAGGUCAGAUGAAAAAACUGCAAUAGAAGGAUCUGAAAAAAAUCUUGGGAGGAGUUUUAGUGAUUCUUCUUCUGGUAGUAGCAUAUUAAAUAGAACUAAGAUAGAGAAAGAGCCCAUUGUUAGCAGACACAAAACAAACAAUAGAGUAGCCAUUUUUCGGGACCGCGAGGUGGAUAGCAAGGAUCCUGACUAUGACAGAAGUUAUGACAGGUACAUGCAAAGAUUUGAACCUGGGUUUGGAUUCAACAGUGGACCGGGCACCAUACAGCCACUAUAUUCCCCUGCUGUUAAUUACAAUACUGAAUUCCCACAACUUGGAUCAGGUCAUGGUGCUCAAUUUCCUGUUGACCACCUACCUCAGCCUAUUCCUCAGCAUCUGCAUGGAGGACCUUGGUUAUCGCCUUCAGCACCUAAUGUGAUCAACUAUGGUCCUCCAGCAGGCAUGAUGCCAACAUAUAAUUCCAAUCAUGUUCAUGCUCAUUCCACGACAUCAGUUUACAUGCACUCGUCUCAAUAUUCUGUGCCUCCACAUCCUGGAAUGUCUUUUGCUCAUCCUAAUGGACACAUUCAAUCUUUUGUGCAGACUCACCAGCAGCUACCUGACACGAGUUUUGGAUUAGCCCGGCCCCGUUGAGGGGCCUGGGCAUGCCUGCACCUGCCAGCAGGAGCUUUGAGUUCGAUAAUGUGAUGAUGCCACAGUUCCUGGCAUCAGUGAUUUGCUGGCAGGAAAAUAGCAGGCAAAAUGGACUGAGGAUGGCCAGAACAGUGUGUCAUAAGUCAAACUUAGCAGUUUCUGGCUUGCUCGGAUUUGUUGAUGCUUUCUGCAUGUCAGAUGAUGAAAAAGCAUGUAGUUUCCGAUGUUCUCUACUCUUGCGCAGGCUACAGACAAUCCGAUUUGAUGGCACUGAAACUGAACGGAAAGCAAUCAUAUGGGAUGUAAUUAGCUCGUUAGGAUGAGGGUUUGAUGUCAACAAGAUCUCUAAGAUGAUCGUCAUUAAUUUUUUCUGCAGAAGUACCAUGACUGGCAUCUCCCUUAGACAAUCCUUACUUUUGGAGGAAGGAUGCUCUUCAUGUAGUGAAAUUAAGUCAAUUCAAAGUAGACACAACACAGUGUUCUGCUUAUCAAGGAAUCAAAUCGAGAUAGCUGCCUCAACCAGAAAGGUCUUUGUUGCAUCUGUGAGAGCUCACACCAGAAACCAGAAAGCAGCAAAAUCCACUUCAUUUCCUCUUCCUCAAGGAUGGUCCUAUCAGGCAAUUAAAUCUCCAACAUUAAGCAUCUGGAUCUCCAAAUGGGCCACCAGUUACAUCUGGAUCUCCAAAUGAGCUCGAGGAUAGCAGGCAUUUGGCUUACACAAAGUGAGGUCCCGAUGGAAAAGACUAGUCAUAUCGUCAUUUUUCAUUCAUUACUUUGAUUCUCGCAAAUAUGAUGUGUUCCCAAGUUCACAGGCAUCAACUGCUUCUCAUAUGCAUCCUUUAUUCCAUGUCUCUCAAUGUCAGUGCCUUUCUUGACAUUGCAUGCCUUCUGCAGAACCUAACAAAAGAGUUAGGGUUUGUAUUCUGUCUUAUGAUAGAGCCGGCAGUGGAGAGAUUACCCUGACCUAAAUGUUAGAUAGUUUGGAACUUGCUGGUAGUUUGGAACUAUUGAAGUGGAUGGCCAUUAAGAAAAGAGGUUACCUGGCCAUCUUGGCUGCCUGAUGCAUCUUAAUUAGGUAUAUACCGAUUGAAUAAAUUAUAUAAGGACAUUUAUGUCAUUUUAGCUGCUGUAAUGUUAUUUUAUGAUUUGAAUAUAUUCUCCAUCAUUGUGUUUGGUGGAAACUAGACUUUGGUUAAAUGAUAAAUUGAUAACACUGGAGUAUUUACUUGUGCAAUCAUAAAAUGUUGUCUCCUUGGGUUCUCAUGUUUCCUGAGGUUUACAAGUUUCUAUAUCUGGUGGUUUUUUGUUGAUAGAUUUGUUUGAGAAGCAUUUCUGAAUGCAUCUUACCUUUGUUUUGCCUCAUCAUUGCUUGCAGUUGUACCUUUCUCGGAAGUAGAACAUAAGCACAAGGUUCCAUUGUUACUUGUCCACAUCCAUUUUUGCCCACAACAUUGUUCUCUUUGGUUGGAUGAGAUUUGCAGAUGGUGAGCUGAUAAUUGCUUCUGAGGGGCUGCCAAUUUCCCGACACAGAGGGAGGUCCACUCAAUUGCAUGGGUCAUCAUGCUAGCCAAAUCUUGUGUUCCCAUGGUGCAGAUGAUGUUUACACCAAAUGCCCUUUUCUCUGUGAGGGAACUGCUGUGCCCAUGGGAUAUUAUGUGAUAGUGACUUCGGAUGAGGCAAGUUGUCCACAGCUCCCAAGAUCAUCGAUUGCAGAAUUAUCACACCCUAAGCUGAUCCAUAGCAAUCGGUGUGGGGCCUUUUACUAUGAUGCCAUCCAUAUCAACGUCUUACUAAUGCGUUCGAGCAUCAACAUGUUCCCCGUUUGUAGAUGGUGCAUGUAAUUCUGAGAUUCCCACCGUUGUCUUGUGUUAGUAUCGUAAUGAGCUGUUCUAGUGCUUUACUGUCGCUGUCACAGAUUGUGCUUUCUGUAAUCCGAAGUAGAUGGUGAAUUUAAUUCUAUUAAUUGGAGACAAUAUGAACUUAGCCAAGAUUUCACA